AUGAACGACUACUACAGCCAAUACACCACCAGUGUGAUCUGCAGCAGCCUCAUCCAGAGCUCCAAGUCGGACUGCGACUUGUCUGACACAGAAUCCGAACCGCUAUGUGCCGAGUCCUGCGCACUUUGGGCCACAAGCGAACAAGAAAUCAUGGUCAACAGCAAUCUUUGCUCUGGUACCGACGAAGACUAUAUGAAACAGAUCCGCGCCGAUUUCACUGUUUGCUCAUCGCCAUCCAACUCCCUUAGCGGUAGUUGUGUCAAAGGAUCCGACAACGAAUCAAAGAACUGCGGUUUUUCGUCCAACACGAUCGGUCUCUGCACGUACUGUGCUUCAAGCUCUCCCAAUUCGACCGACACAUGCUGUGUAAGCGCCAAUGCCACCUCCCGUUGCGAUGGAGUUUCGAUCCCAGCCGCAACUGUCACUCUCCAGCCAAUUGUGACUACUUCCGCGGCAGCUGAUGCCGAUACCUCGAACAAGGGCUUGUCUGGAGGUGCAAUCGCUGGAAUUGUAAUCGGUUCUGUUGUCGCAGCUGCCAUUUUGGCGGCCCUAGCAGCUUUACUUUGCAUCCGCACCCGUCGCCGUAAACAAUCACAGACUGAUGCCGCACUCAACCAACCGAACCCACAAAGAAAAGGUGGCUCUCCAUCUAUGCAACAGACUGACAGCCCAACCAACAUUAACAUGGUCCCUGGAGGCCGUGUCACACGAAUGUCUGCCUUACGCGAAAUGCCAAGCUCCUCGCCCGCUUAUUCGCGAACAUCGCGGUCGAUGUUUGGAGGUGGAGGAACCAAGGGCCCGUAUAGUGAUUCUUCUGACUCCGAGGCCAUGGGUGCAAGCCCGGGGGCCAUGUCAAGAAGUAGGAGUAUCCCUCCUGUGACCGGAAAACGUCAUGGCUCGCUUUCGAGCAGCUCUGCUCUGGCUGGACUAGAGAGCGAUAGCUCGCCUCGCUCCGGCACGGCGAACACUUACUCUUCCCCGGAAGGUGUAACCAGUGGUCAGUCCGAGCAGCUGUCAUACUUCCGCGACUACUACUCCCAAGAUGAGAUUCACCCCGGCGACAAGGUGGCUGCCCUGUGGGCAUACUCUGCCCGGGCAGGCGAUGAGUUCGAACUGGACCGCGGUGAGAUGCUCAAGGUGAUUGGUAUUUGGGACGAUGGCUGGGCCACUGGUGUCCGAAUCCCCGAGCGGGCAGAAGACUACGACAUUCAUCGUGAGCAGCGCGACAGCGGUGUCUCUAGUGGCUCGCAACGGCCCGGUCCAUCGCCAGCACCCUCCGGUGAAAUCAAGGCAUUCCCGCUUGUCUGCAUCUGCCUUCCACAACAUUGGCGAAAGAUCAUUGAAGGUGGAAUAACAGAGGAUGAAGAUGAGCUUUGA